UUAUAUUUAUAUAUAAUUCUAAUAUUAUUUUAUGACUGCUAUUUUUGGACCGCUAUACCACCACGAUAACCGCCAUUUCAAAUCUCAGUCCUGACCGCUAUUUUGUAUUUUGACCGCCGUAACAGCAUAGUCGGUGGGAACAAUCACUUGUCUUAUUCAAACUGUCAGCCACACCUGGGUGCAUCAGUGCUCAAUAGAGCCUAGGUCCAGGUGCAAGGCAGGUGUUCCUGAAGAAAAGCAUGGUCCAUGAUAGAAUAGUUGAUAAACGUGAAAACAUUACUAGUGCAUUAAUAAUUAGUUCUUAUCAUUUUGUUUUUGCAUUUGGUUUCAGAUAUAUAGUUUUUCCACUUGCAGCUAUAGUAAAAUACUAAAAUAUGUCCAGAAUGCUGAUUAGAAUGAACCUGAAGUCUUGCCUUCUUAUUGCUUUAUCAAUAAUAAGGAGAUAAGCUUUGUCUGCCUGUUAGAUGCUCAAACAUUGAUUCACAACAUGCGCCUUGUGUUUGAUAUGAGAUAGUUAUAUACAAAGUCAGCAGUGGACCCAGGAUUUUUGCCAGCUGGUGCACCUUUAAGCUGGAUCAGAUGCCAGGCCCGCAAAGUUGUUCGAUGUGUUUUUAGCUGAAUUCCACUGUUUCGAAUGACUUUUUAAGUUUUUUGGUUGAUUACCAGGGACUUUUUCGGUUUUUUGGUUGAUGUUUCUUGUACUUUUUGAUAUUCCGGAGCACCCUUCAAAGUUUAGCAGGUGCACCUUUCAUACCCCAAAAAAGAUACUCGCGAAAUCGGUUGAGUGGGUGCAUGGGACCACACUCAGGCCUUCACAGAUCCGUCCCUGUAUAAGCUUGAUCUUGAAUGCAAGUGGUUGCUUAUUACAUAGUGCAAGUUUGAUUUGAAAUAGUUCCAACAAUUUAGAGAUGUAAACAUUGAGGUUUACGGAGAAUUCUGUUGAUUUGAAAUAGUUCCAACAAUUUAGAGAUGUAAACAUUGAGGUUUACGGAGAAUUCUGUACUUACAUUGGCAUACAAUGUUUACAUAAGAGAAAUAUCAUAUAAGUCCAGAUCCUAGAAUUUUGAGAAAUUCUUCAACACACACAACAAGUGGAGAAAGACUACUAACUGUUUUUGUCAUCUUGUUGGCUUUGAGUUCUCAUGUUUUUCCAGUUAUAAGUGUUACUACUAUUUUGAAACCUUUUGAAAUGUAUAUUUGUUAAUACGACUUGUAUAAGGCCUGGACCUUGGACAACAAACAGCUUCUCUGUCAAACGAAUUUGUGGUGAUGGAUGGUCUUUCUUUUGUUUAAUUCGAAAUGUAUGGUCGUUAAAAUUUUGAUGCUUGGUGAAAUUGAGCAGUAUUUGAUAGUUGUUUAUUCUUACGCUACUGAGGGUUGGCUGAGUAAGUUGGUUUGGAAGUUGUCUUGGGGGCUUCUUUUAGCUUACGGUUGGGCGGAACGGGUAGGUGGGGUCAGACCAUAUAGAGCAGCCUGCCCUUACAGCCCUCCUACUGAGCAAGAUCAUUAAUUAAUAUUAAUAAGUCAACUCGACGUCGUCGUCACCUGCAAGAUAAGGCGGAUCGAAGACUUUCCUCUUUCCCCUAAACCUCAGCUUCGCGAAGAACCUAAAAUCUAAAAAAUCGAAAAGAUGCCCGGAGUGAACACAAACCCAUACAGGAUAAAGGGCGAGGGCUUGCUCUCGUUACUUUCUAUAUAGCCAUAUGCAAUKACCUGGGAAGGCAACCCGAUUGGGAGUCAGCAUUUGGAUACCUGAAACUCUUCCUGCAACAUGUUGGCCUUUCUUGCGGAUUCUACAUUCUAUCACCACUAGAUGUUCAAUACAUAAGUAAGGACUGAGUUAGAGCGGUUAUUUGAGAGAAUCUGCAAUGAAUACGCGGAGGAGCAGUUAUCUAUGUAAUUACGGUCUUUGUUGGCCGCAUAUUAGCUUAGCUGCGCUUAAUAGGCCGGCUAGAUGUCUAGUAAAGAACGAGCUGGUGGGAAAGGAAAGAGUUGAACGAGACAUUCGAAAACUAAAGCGCACACUAGAAAGAUGAGCGAACAAGUACAACAGCAGCUCUCUAUCUUGGUCUCCGUUUAGCAUCAUAUGUCGAUCUGGAGAUUCGAACCUGUAGUCUUCAGAUCAUGGGCCUGAUGAGUUGCUUAACGCGUUAGCUACAGCACUGCACGGGUCGAUACGCACAGCGCCUAGUAUCCAUCGUUUACRGCUAGGACUAMUGGGGUAUCUAAUCCCAUUCGCUCCCCUAGCUUUCGUCUCUCAGUGUCAGUGUCGGCCCAGCAGAGUGAAAAGGGAGAUCAAAAUAUGGUGCAGAAAAACCAAAGAUAUGAACUGAGUGCCAUUUGAUGAGUAACUGAGAACAAAGGAGCGCCCUCCUUUACAAUCACUAAGAAAAAAAAAUACCAAUCAAAGCUAAGAUUCUGCUCGUGAGCGUAAUGGUAUAAGCCUGCCACUUUACACGCAGAGCAGGAGCUGGUGUCUGGAUCUCCAGCCCCAUCUGCAGUUUGGGGGGUGUGGGCACACUUGCGCGAAUUCGGGUAGGAUCGCAUACUUGGUCACCCGAUGCUAUGGAGGGUCCCACUCCAGUAUCUGCUUUGAUUCAUGCAACCAAGUUGAUUCUCAAUUCUUGCCAAAAUAUGCUUGUGUGCAGGUUGAUUAUGUGUAAAUCGUCUACAACUCUAUAUCAAGUUUUUUCUUUUGAUAACAAAUGCUAUUUCAACAUUUUGCAUGUGCUUAUUUGGAGAAUUUUUGAAUCCACUUUUGAUAGAUAUUUUUUUUUUCUAUCCAGUGUAAUUGUGGAAGCUUUGAAGGUGGAUAGUCUCCAAAAGCUUUGCUCAUCCUUGGAACCUAUUCUUCGCAGAGUUGUUAGUGAGGAAGUGGAGCGAGCUUUAGCAAAGCUAGGCCCUGCUCGACUAAGUAAUGGAAGGUCUUCACCUAAGCGUAUUGAAGGACCAGAUGGGAGAAAUUUGCAGCUUCACUUCAAGUCCAGGAUGUCUUUGCCUCUCUUCACUGGAGGGAAAGUUGAAGGGGAGCAGGGUGCUGCUAUUCAUAUUGUCUUGGUUGAUGCUAACACCGGGCAUGUUGUUACAUCAGGACCUGAAUCAUCAAUAAAGCUAGAUGUUGUUGUGCUGGAAGGUGAUUUUAACAAUGAAGAUGAUGAAGGUUGGACUCAAGAGGAGUUUGAAAGCCAUGUUGUAAAAGAGCGUGAAGGAAAGAGGCCACUGUUGACUGGAGAGCUGCAGGUGAUACUCAAAGAAGGUGUUGGAACAUUAGGGGAGCUAACUUUUACCGAUAACUCAAGUUGGAUUAGGAGCAGGAAAUUUAGGCUUGGUCUGAAGGUAGCCUCAGGAUUCUGUGAAGGCAUUCGUGUUCGUGAAGCAAAGACUGAAGCUUUCACUGUUAAAGACCAUAGAGGGGAAUUGUACAAGAAACACUAUCCACCUGCCUUAAAUGAUGAUGUGUGGAGAUUAGAGAAAAUUGGCAAGGAUGGAUCAUUCCACAAGAGGCUAAAUAGUGCUGGGAUCUUCACGGUUGAAGAUUUCCUUCGCCUUGUUGUGAGGGAUUCCCAAAAACUACGCAAUAUCCUUGGAAGUGGCAUGUCAAAUAAGAUGUGGGAGGCUCUGAUAGAGCAUGCAAAAACAUGUGUGCUGAGUGGGAAGCUUUAUGUAUAUUAUCCCGAGGAUACAAGAAAUGUUGGUGUUGUUUUCAACAAUAUCUAUGAGCUAAGUGGUCUUAUUGCUAAUGACCAAUAUCAACCAGCUGAUUCUCUUUCCGACAGUCAAAAGAUGUAUGUGGAUGCAUUGGUUAAGAAGGCGUACGACAACUGGAGCCAAGUUGUAGAGUAUGAUGGCAAGUCACUUGUGAGCUUUAAGCAACCAAAGAGGUCAGGUGUAUCUCGUAAUGAAUAUUCAAUGAGCUCCAUGGAGUAUCCCAGAGCUUCAAAUAAUCAGCUAAUGCCACCUCGCCUGCCUGCUGUGGGUUCCUCAGAGUUGGCCUCAGUUGAUUCAAACCUGCUAUUAGGAGGUUAUAAUGAUAAUGUGGACACAGCGUACCAAACCCUGCCUCAACAUGUAAACACCAAUCCACAUGGGCAGUACGACAUGAAUUCAUUUGCUUCAAAUGGUCGCCAUAUUGGCAAUUCUUCUUCCCAGCAGAUACAGAACAACGGAUAUGAUAGCAGGGCCGGGCUAGCUCUUGGCCCCCCACAAUCAUCUUCACAAUUCCAGCAAGCCAAUAUGAAUCCUUUUGAUGACUGGUCCCACGGUGGUAGGGACAAGGGUGUCGGGGACUUCAUGUCAGAGGAUGAGAUCCGCAUGAGAAGUCAUGAGAUGCUCGAGAAUGAAGAUAUGCAACAUCUACUUCGACUGUUCAGCAUGGGAGGUGGUCAUGGAGGGGGGGUGGGUGAAGAUGGGUUUUCUUUUCCAUCGUAUAUCCCAUCACCAGCUCCAAACUUUGAGUUUGAUGAGGAUCGCAGCCGGCCUGGGAAAGCUGUUGUUGGUUGGCUGAAGAUAAAGGCGGCAAUGCGGUGGGGGUUCUUUGUAAGGAAAAAAGCUGCUGAAAGACGGGCACAGAUCGUAGAGUUAGACGAAGACGAAUGAAAAUGAAUGACUGGUUUAAACUGUCAAGUAGUAUGACUCUCCUCCACCAAUUGGCAGUAAAUUUUAGGGUUUUCUAGGAGAGAUAAUUCGGGUUUGCCUGUACAGUAAGGUUUUCAAUUUAACGAACUGACAAGGACUCAGAUACAUAUAUAUUCCUGCUCAUUUUCUUGUUAAUCUCUGUAUAAUUAUAUAUUUUGGUAUAUUGGUUUGUGGAGAAUGUUAUG